AUGCUUCUCUUUCAACAGACCAAACUUUUCAAUAAGAAAUUACCACUGGUUAUCGCGGCAGGGAGCUUGACAUUUUUUACUAUACUUCUAUUUACCCUCUAUCGGCCAGGCCACUGGAAACAUCCCCGGAUUUCAGCUCCUUAUAUUCGACACAAUGAUGACAUUCUGAAUAAUGUUUCUAAUUCCACUCUUGGAUUUGAGCGAAUUUAUGUUGUUAAUCUUCCCUCGCGGACUGACCGGCGUGAUGCCCUCGUAUUAAUGGCUGCGCUCAGUGGCAUCAAACUCCAUUGGAUUGAUGGGAUCAUGGGAGAGACCGUCCUGGAUCGGGCUUUGCCGCCGCCUGCAUCACACAAGACUAUGAAAAAUGCAAAUAUUGGGAGCUGGAGGGCCCAUAUCAAUGCGCUUCAAGAUAUGGUGGAAAACAACAUAAGUUCCGCUCUCAUACUUGAGGAUGAUGCGGAUUGGGAUAUACGCAUUAAAUCGCAAUUAAAAGAUUUCGCGUUGGCCUCACAGACUCUUAUCCAGCCUCUGUCAGGGACAGGGAAUCUUGCGUAUGCGGAUCCAACCUUCCCGAAUCCCGGAAAGUCCGCAGGAACGCCAAAAGAUAUUGAUAUAGGCAAAAGUACUAUCCCGCCCGUGCAUUCUCCGUACGGCGAUAAUUGGGAUAUACUAUGGCUAGGCCAUUGCGGAGUAAACUUCCCAGAUGCUACUCUUCGAGACAUCGCAAGGGAUAUACCUGGAGGUCGAGUUAUUCAAAGGAAUGACUCUACAGUUCCAGAGGCGGAGCACCUGGUACUGUCUCCGAAAAAUGACGAAUUCACAUCAUCAUUUCCACCGCAUACAAGAGUAGUCCAUCAUGCAAUGACUGCUGUUUGCUCCCUUGGAUACGGUGUUUCCCAAAAGACAGCUCGGAGGCUGCUCUAUGAAUUUGGUGUGAAGAAGUUUGAUCGUCCUUAUGACCUUAUGCUUCGAGAUGCAUGCGAUGGUACUGAAGGUCGGGUUAGAAAUACCUGCUUGACAGUGCAGCCGCAGCUGUUUAAUCAUCACCGGCCGGCGGGGAAUGGUAGUUUUACCAGUGAUAUCACAAAGCACGAAGGCCAAAUAGAAAAGGCUUAUACCGAAAUGAUUCGAUGGAGCACGAGGUUGAACCUUCCGAAACUUAUCGCAGGCGAUACAGACUAUGAUGAACAGUUUCCAGAUAAAAGCUAG